CAGAUAACAGCUGUACCAAACUACUCCAAACGCUUUUUUCUUACAUCGAUGUCGCGGAAGCGAUGAGCGAUCGUGACCGAUCGGGGUACCGUCGGCACCGGGCACUCCGGGCAGCACCUGGUGGAAGGACGCCGUCGUUCCCGUCCUCACGUGUCACGUGGAGUUAAACGCUGGCAUCCGAACACAUCCAUAUCAAUUAGAUGACGGCGCGGCGCCGUGGGCUGGCAGGUCAUGGGGGCCUGUCUCGGCCGCUGUUUAACGAAAGUCACAGAUUCCGUGCCGUACAGGUUUUAUCAAAGGCAUACCAGAAUGUCCCCCCAAGAAGAAGAACAAGUUGAGUUCGUGGACGUCCAAGGGCACGAAGACCAAGCUAAUGGAUCAAAAAGUCUCUUAUCGUUCCUCUCUUUAAAGAGAUUCAAGAAAAGACAUGGAGUUCCGGUGACUCUGGAAUUAUUGGAGGAUGGCAGGUGGUCACGAGGUGGCAAUAAGUAUGCCAGAUUGAGUUCCAGAAACGAUGUUUCCACAAGUUCCGGUUUGGAUAUGCCGUUUCAAGUUCUUGAUGCGAGGACGCUAAUGAAACAACAGGCUUAUGUUUCAUCCACUCCGGGAUCAUCGCUGGACCUUGAAUGGGAACACGAAGGGAUGCCGAUACCAAUCAUGGAGGAUGAAAGGGGAGAUACAGACAAUUCUCUAACACAGACGUCAGCUAAUAACAGUCAACCAUCUAGUCUGACAGCAUCUCCUUGGUCCAGGGUUUCGAGUCCAAAUAGUUUAGAAUGGGAUCCAGUGGAACCGGAUAUGGUAUGUGUCGAUAUGGAGACUGAACAACUUUUAACUGAGAUAGAGAGAUUAACCGAUAGAGCGCUAAAAGAGACGGGUGAAUGGACUAGCGCCGAUACCAGCUGAUAAACGAUUCAAUUGUAAUUUAACGGGAUAUUGUUUGUAUUUUUGUAUUAUAAAAAUUCAUGAUGGAGUUAAAACAGAUGCUCUAUACUUACAAAGAGAUUACAAUUAUUUCGAUAUUACUAUUCUUGAAACAAUAUAACUAUAUUUAUAUCGUUUCAAAAAUGUGUAUUGUACAACUUAGGGUAUGCCGAAUACAGAGAUCUGACGCGGAUAUCUACACUGUGUAGAGUAUCGUAUAAUCUGUAGCACAGAAAAGAAUUAUGUCAAGCUAUCGAAUCGAGAAAAAUUAUUUGCAGUAUAUGCAUAUGUACAACAAUUGUAUAGACAAAUAAAAGAUAUAUUUCUUGCUCUCAAUUUUUAAAUAAGGUAUUUGCUUGCUUAUAUGGGAAAUUAAACUUAAUCAUAAACUUUAGCAAUAUUAAUUAAGUUUUAGUUUCGCUUUUAGCUCACGCAGCUUCCGUAUGACAAUAAAUUAAUAUUUUUUACAAAAUAAAAUCAUGUGCCAUACUUUACUUCUAUAUUUCAAACUUUUAAUACAUAUGUGCACUCAAAGGAUUUGUUUUGACAUGAAGUAGUAUUAUAUAUUAAAACAAUAGAUCGUUUAAAUGAUGCAAAUACAAGAGAUAUACAAGAGUAUACAAGAGAUUCUAUUACAUCUCAUAUUAUUUUUUAUGUGAUUUUCAAGGUAUUGAAUAUUAGAUCUAAAAUCUGAGAGAUAUAUGCAAUUUAAGUCACACAUCAACAGUUCGCAUAAUUUAGAAAGAUAGCAAAUGUACAAAAGAAGAAAGUUUCCGAUAGGAAUUAUUUUAUUGUAAUAAAGAGCAUGUAAGAACGAAGUUGUUACUGUAAAUGGUGAAUGUAGAAUGCCUUAACAUAGAUAAUAAUAAAAAAAAUUAUGAAGUUUGCUAUAGUUUAUGUGACUGUGUUACUUAUAUUUCAUUUAAUAUCAUUUUAAUACAAUUUUUAUUAUGUCGUUAUAUAUGAUCCAUGAAAUAUGCCUCAUAGGUUUAAGAAAUGCACCUUUUUUUGAUAUUUAAAUGUUAGAAGUAACUCAAAGAAAUGUGUCAUAUCAACUAAAAGCGUAAAGAGAUGUAGUUCAAUGAAUGCAUAAAAGCAUGGAAUAUGGAAUUGCGGAACAUUACGCUACACAGACUGUAAUAAAUGUUACAAAGUAAUAUGUUUAUAUUAUAUAUGCUUUAAUAAAUAAUUACUUUAUUAUA